AUGGCAGUCGUCAUCUUGGCGAUGGUGCUGCUGAUGGUGGGUGGUUGCGCCCACGGAUGGCUAAUCUGGAGACAUCAGUUGGGAGGUGCCCGAUAUGUGCUGGCGCCUAUGGUGAAUGGCUCGGAGUUGCCUUUCCGGCUGCUUGUUCGGCGCGCGAACCAGGGUGCGGUGCAGCUUUGCUAUUCCCCAAUGUUGUACUGCAGCAAAGUACUGCAGGAUGCUUCGGAUGGACUACUUUGGCAGCACUUUCUCACAGACUCUGACGAGGACCGGCCUCUAAUCGUUCAGUUGGCCUCGAACAACCCAAAAGAGCUGGCGGCUGCUGCGAAGAUCGUGGCGCCGUUUUGCGACGGAGUUUGCCUGAACCUGGGCUGUCCGCAGUGGUUCGCAGAGCGCUGCCAACUGGGUGCGUUCCUGUUGGAGAAGCCCGCCCUUUGCGCUGAUCUCAUCGCUGCCCUCGCCGGGGCUCUCGGAGGAGCAAAGAAAGCCGUUUGCUGCAAGAUUCUUUUGCUGGACGGGGAGACCGCGCAAGAGCGGCAGGUGAGGACUGUGACCCUCGCGCAGCAGCUGGCUGCUGCAGGAUGCACCCUCCUGGCCAUUCACGGCCGCACGCGGGCGCAAAAAAACGAUGGGCCCGUGGACUACGUGGCCAUCCGUGAGGUCCAAGCUGCCGUGGAUAUUCCUGUGCUAGUCAAUGGAGGCAUCACGUGUCGAUCGCACGCAGAUGCAGUGCUGCAGCAAACCGGAUGUGCCGCAGCAAUGAUUGCCACUGCAUUUCUGGCAGAUCCGAGCCUCCUGCGCACGGAUGUCACGCAAGGGAGCUCCCCCGCGGCCGGCGCCUGCGAGCACGCCCGCCGCUACUUGGAUCUUUGCUGCGAAGUGGAUGGCCCGGAUCAGCCAUGGGCGCAGCUCCCGCUUCAUCUCGGACAUUUACUGAAGGGGUUUCUUCGAGAGAAGGAGGCCGCAGAUCCUGCAAAGCGCACUGGUCGCUACGAGUUCCUCAAGCGGCUCUCGAAGGGAGAUCCUCCCGAUGGCUUCACUCCCUGCCGACUAGAGGAGGCCACGCUGCUGCUGCGGAAUUUCGAGAUCUUCCUUGGCUUGCGCCAGGGCAAAGAAAGGUCGUUUAAGCAGAUCUGGCGUGAAGCCGCCAAGAUGCGUGCGGCAUCAAAAAAAGUGGCUUUGGAAGGUGCUCGCCUGGCCAUCCGUGCCCGUGAUGUCGGUGAAAUGCUCGACCCUCAGAAAAGCAGUUGGCAGCACUGCCAAAUUGCCGUUAGGAUCUCGUUCCUCAGACGCUUAGACAUGGCCCGGCAGUUGCUUCUGUCGAUGCUGGCGGUGACCUUGCCGGCUGAAGCAUCUGAGGCACCCGAGACCUGUGCGACAGCUUGGGUCCAAUGCGGCGGCACCGGAUGGACGGGCCCGACGUGCUGCGACUCUGGCUUCAGCUGUUCCCAGAUGAACUCCUGGUAUUCCCAUUGUGUGCCGAAGGAGUCCAUUCCAGAACAGACACAACCUGUUUCUCUAGCCGCUUCCGAGAUGGUUGACGAUGAGUGCUAUCACAUGUUCAGCGAGCUCAGCUUCAAUACCCUGGUCCAGUCUUUUCCGCAUAACCCUGACAGUGAAGCUAAAGCUUACGUCGACUGCAAGCUCUGCAGCCGUAGUGGCAUGCAGUGCACGGCCAAUGUCUUCGGUGGUCGCACUCAGCUCGUUGCAUCGCACAUUCACCUGGCCUCCGACGGAGAUGGUGAGAAUGGUUCAGGCCCUCCAGUGAUCAACUUCUGCGGGGACAACGGUCCUGGAAUGAUUGCUGAUGGCAGCCACUACAAGUCCCCUUGUGCUCACUAUAAGAACCGUGCUGCCGUGAUGUCCAUGACGGGCAACUUCGUGGACGCGCAGAAUGCUGGCUUCACGUUGGGAUCCCGGUUGAAAGACAUUGCUUCCAAUCCUUCGAAGUAUUAUUUCAACUUCCAUUCCAUUGCUAGCUGGACGCACUGGCAGUUCGAGGGCAAGGGUCCGGUGGGAAUGUGCCGCGGCGUGAUGCAGAUGAGUCAGAGGAGGACAUCGCUUGUACAGUCGAUUCCCUCGUUCGAUGUGAUGGUAAAGAUUCACUCGAAGGGGGAUCGGAGCACCGGAAGGAUCUCGUUCCUCAGACGCUCAGUCAUGGCCCGGCUGUUGCUUCUGUCGAUGCUGGCGGUGACCUUGCCGGCUGAAGCGUCUGAGGCACCCGAGACCUCCAAUGCGGUGGCACCGGAUGGACGGGGGUCCAUUCCAGAACAGACACAACCUGUUUCUCUAGCCGCUUCCGAGAUGGUUGACGAUGAGUGCUAUCACAUGUUCAGCGAGCUCAGCUUCAAUACCCUGGUCCAGUCUUUUCCGCAUAACCCUGACAGUGAAGCUAAAGCUUACGUCGACUGCAAGCUCUGCAGCCGUAGUGGCAUGCAGUGCACGGCCAAUGUCUUCGGUGGUCGCACUCAGCUCGUUGCAUCGCACAUUCACCUGGCCUCCGACGGAGAUGGUGAGAAUGGUUCAGGCCCUCCAGUGAUCAACUUCUGCGGGGACAACGGUCCUGGAAUGAUUGCUGAUGGCAGCCACUACAAGUCUCCUUGUGCUCACUAUAAGAACCGUGCUGCCGUGAUGUCCAUGACGGGCAACUUCGUUGACGGGCAGAAUGCUGGCUUCACGUUGGGAUCCCGGUUGAAAGACAUUGCUUCCAAUCCUUCGAAGUAUUACUUCAACUUCCAUUCCAUUGCUAGCUGGACGCACUGGCAGUUCGAGGGCAAGGGUCCGGUGGGAAUGUGCCGCGGCGUGAUGCAGAUGAGUCAGAGGAGGUUGGGCUCUGUGCUCGUUUAG